UCUAACAUAUUAAAUUAUUAAUCAUUUUUAAUUAACCGACUCUAGAAUUCUAUCUUUAUUAUAUAAAAAAGUCUAAUAUAGAAGUUCAAGAUGAGUUUAGUAGGUUACUAUAUAACAAAAGUAACAUUUACUUAUCUAUUGCAUGAAAAAGGAAUUAGUUGAGAACCAAAAAAGAAAGUAUAUAUAUAGAGGAGCAAAACUUAGACAAUUCCAUGGUCUUCGUUCCCACUUUGACGCAUCAUAAGAGAAGAAGAACCAAUAACAAACAUCUUAGACCAGUCAUAGAAAGAGAAAAACAAAUCAAUCUUCUCUUUGUGUUUCAAGAGAACAAAAGAAGUUAUGAGAGAUUUAAUAUAUCGUCAACUAAAGGUGAUGGUGAUGAUGAUGGUGAUCGUUUCUUGGAGAUGUGUUUUGGGAUUGGAGAACAUUAACCCGAUCUUCUUUGAUGAAGGUCUUUCUCAUUUAUUUGGUGAAUCUAAUCUCAUUCGAUCUCCUGAUGAUCGCAGCGUUCGAUUACUCCUCGACAAAUACACCGGGUCAGGAUUCAUAUCUUCAAGCAUGUAUCAACAUGGAUUUUUCAGUUCGUUGAUAAAGUUGCCUGGAGCUAACACGGCCGGUCUUGUAGUCGCCUUCUAUACAUCAAACGGCGAUGUGUUUGUGAAGAACCACGACGAAUUAGACAUAGAGUUUUUAGGGAACGUUGAAGGGAAGCCGUGGCGGUUUCAGACGAAUAUGUAUGGAAACGGUAGCACAAGCCGUGGCCGCGAAGAACGUUACCGUCUUUGGUUUGAUCCUUCCAAGGAGUUUCACCGUUAUAGCAUCCUUUGGAACCCUACCAAAAUAAUAUUUUGGGUAGACGAUGUGCCAAUAAGAGAAAUCAAAAGAAAAGAAGAAAUGAAUGGAGACUACCCACAAAAGCCAAUGUCUCUCUACGCAACCAUUUGGGACGCCUCAAGCUGGGCAACUUCCGGCGGUAAAUUCAGCGUUGACUACACAUUCUCACCUUUCGUCUCCGAGUUCAAAGACAUUGCUCUCGAUGGUUGUAAUGUCUCCGAGUCACUGACCACUCUGACCAGAGAUAACUACAACAAUAUCAAUUGUUCUGCCUCUGACCAACUUCUCAUGACCAGCGAUUACUCAACCAUUAGUCCUAAACAAGCAGCUGCAAUGCGACGGUUCCGAGAACGUUACAUGUAUUAUUCGUAUUGUUAUGAUACCGUACGAUACGCGGUGCCUCCGCCGGAAUGUGUGAUUUUGACAGCUGAGAAGGACCGGUUUAGGGAUACAGGACGGUUGAAGUUCGGUGGUAGUCAUACUAAAGUGCAUAGAGCACGUAAAAAAAGGAGGCGGAACCGGUCCACGCCGGUGGUAUCGGCUGAACUAUAGCAUUAAUUAGUUGAAUUGAUUCCCGAGUAUGUAUAUAUAUAGUGUUUUUGUUAUAGAUUUCAACAUGUUUUCACGUUUACAUUUUAAAAUAUUUCUUAUAUAGAGCACACAUGUUAAAAUUUUAUAAUUAAUGAAAAAAUCGAAAUCUACCAAAACGUAAGCUUCAUUGUUGCGUUAUUAUAUACCAUAAAAAUCUUAAUCUUUUUUUUUUGAAAAGAAAUAAAAAUCUUAAUCUGCUAUUUUAUUUUUUUAUUACCUUAUUUUGUUUAAUGGUAUUCUAUUAAAAUGCAAAAUAAAUUUUACAUGGAUAUGACUAACGGUCAUAUAGCUUGAGAUCGUAGCUUUUGAGAAAUAGGUUUAAGUUUAUACUAGCCUUAAUCUAGUAGUAAAGUAGUUAGUCCUUAUGGAAGCCAAUUCUCAAAA